CCGUGUGGUGGACAGGAGAGUGCUAUACUGCUGUAAUCACACUCUUCCCGGAGCAAGUUCACCUGCUACACACGGCGCCUCCCACACUCUUUGUCACCGGACCGCCCGGUACAGGUAAAACCGUCGAAUUGCAGCUGAUGGGUACAGAAUGGCUUCAGCGUGGUCACGACGUGCAAAUUUUAAGUACUGGAAGCUGGAGCCGUGCAGCGAGCAGUAUGCUGUUCCACGUGUUGCAGCAGACUGUUACCAAGCAACGGACACAAGUAACUUCUGUUGGUGUCCCGAACCUCCUGCAGUAUAGUUUUGACGACGAUGAAGACAUAAAGAGGGCUGUGGAGGAUUUGUCGCACCUGGCGAAGGAUGGGUCAUUGUACGUCAUCGCUGAUGAAGUGGGUCCUGAUUUUGAGUCACACUUCAAGACUUUCUGUGACAAGCUGCUUAAGGAGAUUCCUUGUCUUUACUUUUGGGCUGCAAGUUGCUACCAUCGACAUGCCUCCUCGGGCUGGCAAGUGAAGUGUUUAACCAGACCCCUCCGUUCCCCACCGGCAGUCACCAGGGAGGUUGAGCAGAACGAGAUAAUGACAGUUGACCGUUUGGUGGAGCCCUACGAUCAGCGGGGUGUGCCCGACCAUACCGACGGCCCGCCUAUCGUGCGACUGUAUCACCGAGGAGAGGGUCACGAAAGGGACUGUCCAGUGGACUGUGUCACGUGUGGUCAUGAAGUGGCCAGCCUCCUGCAUAGUCUGGGGGUUGGUGUUUCGGAGAUUUUGACAUCUCCGACGGCCCCCUCCACUCCAAUCAGCCAGACACCCCCUUCUCUGCAGUGGAAAGACGUGAUGGUGUUGUCUAUGGAGGAUGUAAGUGAAAACUCGGGUAUGGUGAGAGGGCUGAGAAAUGAAAGCAUUCCGAUUCGGGUGAUGAGGAUUUGUGACUUGGAGGACGUGGCCACGGCCCGCAGUGACGUGGUGUGGGUAGGGAAUGGACGUCACGUCCGUGGUCUGGAGAGGAAAGUCGUUAUAUAUUUGAACCAUGUCGAUUACGAACUCUAUGCCAGACUUCACAUCAUGUCUCGAUGUACUUCGCAGCUUGUGAUUCUCUACGCUGAACACUAGUCGCCUGAAUAUUACUUACUCUCCAGCAACCCACACAUAUGUCCUUAUGUUCAACAAAUCCUACCUGAGGUUUUACCUUGGCUUUCCGUGACAGCUGUGACAGCAAUAAUUUCUGUGGCAAGUACUGCCUGCGCUUGUGACAACCAUCUCUGUUGCUACAUCCUGUGAUUGACUGAAUUUAGUCCAAACACUACAGACACUACAGUGAGAGCCAGAUGUUGCAAGAGAUCCCACUUUGCCUACAAAUGAACGAUCUACAGCUAAAGCCAAGGAUAGUAUAUUAUAAAAACCGUUAACUUGGGCGAUUGUCUCCCUUGAGCAUUCAGUCUGGCAAACAGUUGUCUCCCUUAGCUCGGGCAUGAAGGAGUUCCCACAAUGACUACAAGUGACCCUCAAAGUUCACACUGUUCCGUGUAAGAGUAUAUGUUAUCCUGCAUUUUGUGUUGUUUGUUGGGUAAGUACAUUAGUUUUUUGGUAAGUUUAAUAAUUUUCUACCUCUGUGAUUAUGUUAUCCUAGUAAAAUGACUUCAGAGACUUUUUAAAAAUUCUAUUUUUGUUCUGUUUUUGUUGUAAAUUUGUUGCUGUGUGUUUAGCAUUUUUAGAUUUGUUUAUACCCAUUAAAGACGAUUAAGAGAUUAUGAAAACACAGAGAGAGAGAGAGAGAGGGAGAGAGGGAGAGACGGAGAGAGGGAGAGAGGGAGAGAAGAGAGGAGAGAGAAGAGAGGAGAGAGAGAGAGACCGAAAACAAACGUGAAUCUGCAGAGGUAUAAAUAUAUUAGUCACAGUAAAAGUUAUUCUUGUGUUUUAAGGCAGCCAGAAUGCACUCAAUAAAACCUGGUUUGAUAUUAAAUAUGUGUCCCUGUUCUUUUGGGUAUAGAAAUAGCAAAAUAAAAAAAUACACUUGA